UUCAUAGGCCGACGGCUGUAUGUGGUAGUCGCAGCGUUCUUGCAGCAAGGACGCACAACGUAAAAGCGCGCUAGAGAGUAUCAUUACGGAACCGGUGGUCGCAGGAAACGACACGAUGUCUUUAGUUUCCUGUGCUGAUGGGAGAAAGUGGCAGAGAUUCUGGCAGUGUAUAUUUUUGCUAACUGGAGUUAUCACACAGUGCCAGGGAGCUAACAUUCUAUCAGUUAUGUCAGUUCCAAGCAAGAGCCACAUGGUCUUUUUGUCACCACUGCUCCAUGAACUAGCACAGAGAGGACAUAAUUUGACUGUGAUUAGUCCAUUCCCACAGUCUCCCCCGGUCAAGAACAUAAGAGAUAUUAAAUUGAAUGUCACAAUGGACAGUUUCCGAAAAGAGAGAAACAUGUCCCUGUUUGAAAUGGGUGAAGUUAACCCAUUUAUUUUACUUCUCUUCUCUAGCACCAUUGGAAGUUCAAUGUGCAAGAAUGCUAUCAGUACACCAGAAGUACAAGAUCUAAUAACAUCCAAUAAUCAGAAGUUCGAUCUCCUCAUAGCUGGAGUUUUCACAGAGUGUUUUCUUGGAUUGGCUCACAAGCAUAAUGCCAGUAUUAUACAACAAAUUCCUAAUACUCUAGCAUUUGUGAUGGGUGAUGCAGUUGGCAAUCCUGCUGCAUAUGCCUACAUUCCUGACAUAAUGCUUGAUAUUCCUGUGAAUAUGAAUUUUUUACAACGGACAUUAAACAGUAUGUAUGGGCUCCUUGUUGAAUUACUGCGAUUCUUUGUUUAUGUGCCCAAUCAACAAGAAAUUAUGGUGUCAUAUUCUAAGAAUAUUGAUAAUUUACCAUCUGUUGAGAAAUUGUUCAAAAGCAGUUCCCUGGUUCUCAUCAACAACCAUGAAAGCAUAGGCCUUUCCAGGCCACUAACACCAAAUACAAUUCAAGUUGGAGGAAUGCAUAUUAAACCUGCAAAAGAUCUUCCAAAGGACCUUAAAACAAUUUUGGAUAAUUCAAAAGAAGGAGUUAUAUUCUUCAGUUUGGGAACAAAUGUUCAAGCUUCUGAAAUGCCAAAUGACAAGUUCAUUGCCUUUAUGAAAGCUUUCUCAAAACUGAAGCAAGAAGUACUGUGGAAAUGGGAUCAAGAUACUAUGGUUGGGAAGCCAAAUAAUGUACAUCUUGGGAAAUGGUUUCCCCAAAAUGAUAUUUUGGGACAUAAAAAUGUUGUGUUGUUUAUAUCACAUGGUGGCUUACUGAGUCUUCAAGAAGCUGUCUACCAUGGAGUUCCAGUUGUAGGAAUACCACUAUUUGGUGAUCAGAAAGUGAAUUUGAUUCGAGCUGAGGACAAAGGAUAUGCAGUUAAAUUACUAUUCCACAAUGUAACAGAAGAGUCAUUACUGUGGGCAAUCAAUGAAGUUUUAACUCAGCAAAAGUACCGGCAGCGUGCAGCAGAGCUGUCGCAACUGUUCCAUGACCAGCCCCAGCAGCCUCUGGAGCGCGCCAUCUUCUGGACUGAGUAUGUGCUGCGGCACGGUGGUGCAACACACUUGCGCAGUGCAGCACUGGACCUCUACUGGUGGCAGCUGGCAUUGCUUGAUGUUGCAGCCGCCGUUGCAGUCUGCACGCUGGUACCAGUGUUGCUCUGCCUCUUUGUGGUUCGCAGGUGCCGCCGAAGGCAUGCUACACCAGAAGUCCGUGCCGAGUCAAAGAAAAAACGGUGAUGAUGUCAACGCUUUAAGACCACAAGGCACUGCAUACUGAGUUCAGUGGGAUAGAUCAGUUGCAUGCCACAUGACCUGACUUUCCCUUCACUGCAGUUGUGUAAAUAUAAUCAAAACGUAUUGUCUGUAUGCCUCACCAUGCUAAGUUAGCAAUUUUGUGACACAGUGUUAUGGGCUGAGGAUGGAUUGGUAAGCUGAAUGUAAAACAUAAUAAAUAUUUU